AUGGCUUCCUUGAAGCAGUUUAUUCGCAAUGUGCGCGCUGCAAAGACGAUUGCUGAUGAGCGUGCCGUUGUCCAGAAAGAGAGUGCGGCGAUCCGCGCCAGCUUCAGGGAGGAAAGCCACGAUUCAAAUGUGAGGAGGAACAAUGUCGCAAAGCUCCUCUACCUCUUCACACUCGGCGAGAGGACGCAUUUUGGUCAGAUUGAAUGCUUGAAGCUGCUGGCCUCUCCCCGCUUUGCGGACAAGCGGUUGGGCUAUCUGGGCACCAUGUUGCUCCUGGAUGAGAACCAGGAGGUCUUGACCCUGGUCACCAACUCGCUCAAGAACGACUUGAACCAUGCUAAUCAGUACAUUGUCGGCCUCGCCCUUUGCACCCUUGGAAACAUUGCAUCGGUUGAAAUGGCUCGAGACCUGUUCCCAGAAGUCGAAACGAUAAUAUCGAGCGCGAACCCCUACAUACGUCGCAAAGCCGCAAUCUGCGCAAUGAGGAUAUGUCGAAAAGUACCCGACCUACAAGAACAUUUCUUGGAAAAGGCCAAGUUGCUGCUACAAGACCGCAACCAUGGAGUCCUGCUGUGUGGUGUCACUUUGGUAGAGAAUCUGUGCCAAGCAGACGAGGACGAAGACGAUGAGAAUGGUGUACGGGACCUCUUUAGGCCAACCGUACCCAGCUUGGUCAAGAUAUUGAAGGGACUGUCAUCUUCCGGCUACGCUCCCGAGCACGAUGUAACGGGCAUCACAGAUCCCUUCUUGCAGUGCAAGCUACUACAGCUGCUGCGUGUCCUGGCCCGCGGCGAUGCUCAGGUCAGCGAACAAAUAAACGAUAUCCUCGCCCAGGUUGCAACCAACACCGACUCUUCCAAGAACGUUGGUAAUUCGAUUCUCUACGAAGCUGUCCUUACCAUUCUCGACAUUGAGGCAGAUUCCGGACUUCGUGUGCUUGGUGUGAACAUUCUGGGAAAGUUCCUGUCUAACCGGGAUAACAACAUCAGAUAUGUCGCUCUCAACACCUUGAUCAAGGUGGUUGCAGUCGAACCCAACGCUGUACAGCGGCACAGGAACACCAUCCUUGACUGUCUUCGAGAUCCAGAUAUCAGUAUUCGAAGGAGAGCACUUGAUCUUAGCUUUACUCUGAUCAAUGAGAGCAAUGUACGGGUACUUAUACGGGAGCUGUUGGCUUUCCUAGAAGUCGCCGACAAUGAGUUCAAGCCGGUCAUGACCUCACAGAUUGGUAUUGCUGCGGAUCGCUUUGCGCCAAAUAAAAGGUGGCAUGUUGACACGAUGCUACGCGUCUUAAAACUGGCCGGCAACUAUGUUAAAGAGCAGAUUCUGUCGUCUUUUGUCCGACUAAUCGCUACCACACCCGAUCUCCAGACCUACUCAGUACAGAAACUCUACUCUGCGCUCAAGGAAGACAUCACACAAGAAGGCCUUACCUUGGCUGGUUCUUGGGUGAUUGGAGAAUACGGCGAUGCCCUAUUACGAGGUGGCCAGUACGAGGAGGAAGAACUUGUCAAAGAAGUGAAAGAGAGUGAUGUUGUCGAUCUCUUUGAAACUAUCCUAAACAGCAGUUACGCCGGUUUGAUUGUUCAGCAGUACAUCAUUACAGCAUCGAUGAAGUUGACGACACGACUAAGCGAUCCCGCACAAAUCGAACGUUUGCGACGAUUACUACAACGAUACUCAGCCAACCUAGAUGUGGAGAUUCAGCAACGUGCAGCCGAGUACGGCAACCUCUUUGGUCAUGAUCAGAUCAGGAGGGGUGUUUUGGAAAAGAUGCCUCCGCCUGAGAUCCGAGAAGAGUCGCGUGUACUGGGAGAGGCUACCAAGAAGCGUCACUCAAAGAUUGCGAAAAAGAAGCCUGCACAAGCAGCAACCGAGGAUCUACUACUCGAUCUCAUGGGUGACGCUGGCCCAUCUGCUGACGUGAAUGGUUCUGCCAACGGAACACAACAUAGCCAAGAUCUGCUCGCAGACAUAAUGGGCGGGGCUUCAUCACCCCCACAAACGUCUUCCCCGGCGCCACAAUCGAAUGUCGCUAACAUUAUGGAUCUAUUCAACUCCGGCCCGAGUAGUUCUCCAGCCCCUGCGCAAUCCCGGGCGCCCCCACAAGCCGCAUCGUCUGACCUACUUGGCGGUCUUGGUGGUAUGUCUUCGCCGCCUCCGCAAAACCCAACACCUCCUGUAGCAUCUGGCCCGCCCGCACAUCCAGCAUACAACAAGAAUGACCUCCAGGUCACGUUCCAGCUCAAGCGUGACGCGAAUGCAGUGCAAGUUCUUGCACGAUUCCGCAACACCGGGAGCCUCACGCAACUGUCGGGUGUGAAUCUACAGGCUGCUGUACCCAAGAGCCAGAAGCUGCAGUUGCAACCUAUCAGCACAAGCGAGUUGGAUGGCGGCCAGGAUGCGACCCAGCAAAUGAGGGUCACAGCCGUUAAUGGCCCGCCUCCAGCAAGGCUAAAACUUCGACUGAAGAUCAGCUACUCGACAAGCGGAGGUCCCGUCACAGAACAGGUAGACUGGGCCGAGCCAGUUUGA